AUGAUAGACUUGUUGAAAAUACGCCGUGAUUUAGAUUCGUUACAACAUUCAUACACGAUGAAAUUUGCGUUGUUGGGCGAGAUCAUCACCAAGUUGACACGGGGUGAUUUGUUUGAUUUGGAUAAGGAAUUGAAGUUGGCGAAUGCCUUCACAGGUGAGACUAAAUACGGCUCGGUUGAUGAUGUUGAGUUGGAUGUUGAGUUGGAGGAGUUUUUAAAGUUGGCUGAAGUAGAUGGCGGUAAGACAAAUGAUGAGGAAAGUAAUAGUCCUGCUGCCAGUGCUGUUGGUGGCGGUGCUGGGUACUUAUAG